AUGAAUCAGAAGGUUGUACUGAUCACUGGUUGUUCUUCUGGCAUUGGAUUGGCACUUGCUGUUCGUCUUGCCAAAGAUGAGAAGAAGAGGUUUAUGGAUUUGCUCAAAGGACGGAUGAGGGUUUUAAUACUUAAUGCUGGAAUGGGAAUGAUCGGCCCCACUGAGUGUCAGACCAUUGAUGAGAUGAAAACUAUCAUGGACACUAACUUCUUUGGGCUUGUGCGACUCUUGAAGGAGAUUCUGCCUGGUAUGAAGAAGAGAAAAUGUGGCCACAUAGUGGUAAUCAGCAGUGUGAUGGGGAUUCAGGGUAUUUUGUUUAAUGACAUUUAUGCUGCUUCCAAGUUUGCUGUUGAAGGGUUCUGUGAGAGUCUGGCAGUUCAAGCUCUGAGAUUUAAUCUGAAUAUCAGCCUCAUUGAACCAGGACCCGUCAUCACAGAGUUUGAGAGUAAGGUGUAUGAGGAAGGCGUGAAGAUAGACCUCUCCAAAGCUGAUAAAGUGACAGCAGAUAUGUUUACCAACAUCUACUUGAAGAAUUACAACCAGAUAUUCCAGAGUCUUGGACAAACUCCAGAGGAUGUUGCAGAGCACACAUUCAAAAUGAUUACCAUGGAGAACCCACCAUUUCGGCAUCACACUAACAGUCUGUACACCCCCAUGACCACCCUAAAAUAUGCGGAUCCAAAUGGUGACCUUCCCAUUGAAACCUUCUACAAAAUGGUGUUUGAACAUGACAAGGUGUUCAGUGCAAGUCUCAAUUUCCUCAAGCUCCUGCGCUGGAGAAGCCGUAAGAGCUUCACUUUGGGUAAAGACAAGAAUGCCUCUUAA